AUGACCGCCCCGUUCCUCACCCGCUUUCUCACCCCCGCCGCCAGACCUUUCCUCUUCGCUGCCCCCCUGGGCCUAUCCCUCUCCCUCGCCCUCCCGAAACAACAGCCCAUUCUUUGCGACUUCGCAGGCCCUUUCGCCACCACUAGCCAUUCGCACUACAGUAGCAGCCCUGUGCCCAAAACAAAGUGCGGGAUCCACAGUCGCGGAGGAAUCAACGAGAAUACCGUCCGGCAGCUUAGUCUAGGAAGCGUGUUGGGAUUGCUUGCGGGCCUUGGGUUGAGGAUAUUUUCGAGGGCGCUGGUGUUUGCGCUGGGGCUCACGGUGUUGGGGGUUGAGUGGGCAGCUUCCAAGGGCUACAACGUCGUCCCCACGCGCUGGUUGCGGGAGCAUGUCAGAUCUGCGAAUUUGCAACGGUUUCUGACCGAGAACGUCCCGUUCAAAGUUUAG